AUGUCCUCCCAUACCAAUCUCCACUCACCUAAACCGGAUCACCGUAUCUCCGGUACAUCCCAAACCAAAAAACCACCGUCCUCCUCCGCCUCUCAAGACCAACAAACCCUAAAAUGCCCUCGAUGCAACUCCCCAAACACAAAGUUCUGUUACUACAACAACUACAGCCUCUCUCAACCUCGUCACUUCUGCAAAGCUUGCCGCCGUUACUGGACACGUGGCGGUUCCUUAAGAAACGUCCCCAUCGGUGGUGGUUGUCGGAAAACCAAAAAAUCAAUAAAACCUAACAUAAUAGCUCCUUCUUCUUCAUCACAUAGAUUUUUCUCUUCCACCAUGGAAGAUGAAUCCAAAUUCUUCCCUCCUCCAACAUCAAUGGACUUUCAGCUCGCGGGGCUAUCUCUCAACAAGAUAAACGAUCUUCAACUUAUGAAUAAUCAAGAAGUUAGGACGACAACAACACCAGUUGAUGUCGGAUCAGGUUUGUCCUUAAUGGGUUUUGGAGAUUACAACAACAAUAACCAUGCACCGGCGAGUUUCACAACCGACGAGAACUUAGCUACUUCGAUAGAAACGUUGAGUUGUUUAAACCAAGAUUUACACUGGAGGCUUCAGCAACAGAGGAUGGCUAUGUUUUUUGGAAACUCUAAAGAAGAGACUGUUGUUGUGGAGAGGCCACAACCGCUUCUUUACCGGAAUCUAGAGACCGUGAGCUCAUCACCGUCGCCGACGGCGAAGAAAGGAGAGAAUCAGACAGAGUGGUACUUUGGUAAUAAUAACGAUAGCGAGAGGGUGAAUAGUAACACAGGAGGAAGGGAUCAAUGGAACAAUGGAAUUCAAGCUUGGACUGAUCUUAAUCAUUAUGAUUAAUGCCGUACCAUGAUUCUUGCUAAGUUAUAAGAAACUAUAUUUAUAUGAUCAAUAUUUGAAAUUAUGUUUGUUUGUCAUGUAAGGUCAAAAUUAUUUAUGAUUGGAGUUUUGUUUUACUUGGGCGUUCUUUGUUGUUGUUUUUGUUGUUGUAUAAGUUACUAUUUUAGCUAGG